UGAUCAGGCAUCACCCAUGGACGGGCAAUCAGUCAUGUCUCACGCGCUACACGGACUCUCGACGCGUCCACCAAUCAACCGCGAAGACUCAUGGUCACCGACUACCUCACCCGCGGCUUUGGACGUUGAUGGCGUGGUUCAAUCAAAGAAGCUGGAGAGCGAACGUGUGGGCGACUCGGCAAGCCGUAGCACCACGGCUAUCGCUUCAGACGACAGCGGGUCGGAAACGCAUUUGAAUGAACACCACAGCAGUCCCCGAAAGAACAUAGAACUCGUACUCAAACCGUCUGGAAAAAAUGGCGAGUACGAGUUCACCGCUAAAGAUCCCGCGCUCCAAAAGGCCCUGCGGCGGGAAGCCGAUAAGCUCAACUGGAAGAACAAGGGCAAGCCCACAGACCUCAUCUACCGGCAGCAGUUCUCUACUUUUGACCGCUUAAACGCCGCGGCUGCGCAAUCUCCCUUUCAUGGGUUCUUCACGCUGUUUUGGAUCGCCAUGGCCUUGCUGCUUGUGCGGAUAGCAGCGAAAAACUACCGCACUAAAGGCUCUGUGUUUGGAGAUGCAGAGAUUCUGCAUCUCAUGGUCGACAAAGAUCUUUUUGUCAUGUUGGCGACCGAUGUUGCAAUGUGCAUAGCGACCAGUUUUUGCCUCUUGCUGCACAAAGCCAUCGCCAACGACUAUUUGACGUGGAAUGGUUCAGGAUGGCUGAUACAGUCGCUCUGGCAAGUUUUCUACACAGUCACCGUCAUCUGGGUCACCUUCUGGCGUCACUGGCCGUGGACGCAUACUGUGUUUAUUGUUCUGCACGUCUUUGUGUUGUUGAUGAAGCAGCACGCUUAUGCAUUCUACAACGGUUACUUAUCGCGCGUUUGUAGGCGACGCAAUCUUCUGCAAGCCAAGUUACGUCAGCUAGACGCCAUAAAAGUGCAAGAAGGCCCUUCUGAGACGACCACCGUUACUGGUGUAGACAAAUCUCACCAGCAUGAUCUGAAGCACCGAGGAAGUACCGGACCCAAAUAUUCGACGGACAUUUCCAAUGAAGAAUCAGAAAUUGCAACUAUCGACCAAGCCAUUGAAGCUGGAAACCCGCUCGACUCGGAACAGAUUGAGACGUUCAGACGCGUGUUGAACACAGAGAUUACCGUUCUCAACGAGGAGCUGCGUGGAAAGUGCACGGCAACAGACAAUGCCUACCCUAAGAAUCUGACGGUGCGGAACUUUGUUGAGUGGACGUGCUUCCCCACCCUCGUUUAUGAUUUAGAGUACCCCCGCCACGAGCGCAUAAACUGGUGGUACGUUGCCGAGAAGUCGGCAGCCACACUGGGUGGUAUCUGGGUCAUGAUCAUCAUCUCACAAGCCUACAUCUACCCUGUCGUCGUAGAGACUGUGCGACUGAAGGAAGCUGGCAUGCCAUUUGAGGAGCGGUGUAGAGAGUAUCCAUGGGUUGUCUUGGAUAUGAUCUUCCCCAUGCUUCUUGAGCAGCUUCUCAGUUGGUACGUCAUCUGGGAAUGUCUGCUCAAUGUGCUUGCGGAGCUUACGAGGUUUGCCGAUCGAGGCUUUUACGGCCCGUGGUGGAACUCUGUCUCGUUUGACCAAUAUGCCCGCGACUGGAACCGGCCUGUGCACAACUUCCUACUCCGACACGUCUACCAUUCAUCCAUCUCUUUCUUCCGUCUGUCCAAGAUUCAGGCAACAUUCUUCACCUUCUUUCUCAGCGCCAUUGUCCACGAAAUCGUCAUGUUUUGUAUUUUCAAGAAGGUCAGGGGCUAUUUGUUCACACUACAGCUUACACAGAUACCACUGGCGGCGUUCAGCAAGACAAAGUUCAUGAAGGGGCGGGAUACGCUGAACAACGUCAUCUUCUGGGUUGGCCUCUUUACCGGGCCUAGUAUCCUGACGAGUUUGUACCUGAUCGUGUAA